CUAUCCUUACCAGACCCAACUUCCCUGAAGAAGGGAAUUGCUUGUCAAAAGGAAAAAUGUCUGCUCCUCCCUGGCAACAAGUACCGCAAGAAGAAGAAGAAGUAUCAAUCGACUAUUCGCAAAAGUCGCAAGAGGCGACGCAGCCGGUUUCUGACUGGCACGAAGUGAAAACCGAGGAUGGUCGUGUAUACUACUAUGACUCGAUUUCUAGAAGGAGCGUUUGGGAAAAGCCAGAAGAACUCAUGAAUGAAUUUGAACGAAAAUUGUCCAAACUGGCUUGGAAAGAAUACACCACCGCUGAUGGAAAGCAAUAUUGGUACAACGUUAAUACACGUGAGUCUGUGUGGGAAAUUCCCGAAGAAUAUAGAAAGGCGAUCGCCGAAGAGACACUUCCAGAAACAAAACAAGCUUUUCCUCAUUUACAGCAAGAACAGGAGACGCGUUCUGAAGCCUUCCCAGAGUCUUUGACACAACAAGCGAGACCUGACAGAGAACAGACAGCGCCUUCAAAAGAUGCGAUCUCACGAAAGCGUGCUCCCAACUUUGUACCGCCCAAAGAAAAGCGUCAUAAACGGGCAGACCACCGUGAAGAGGAUUUCGAUACGUAUGAGGCCGCUGAACGAGCUUUUUUUAGAUUUUUGGAUUCAUUCAAUGUUACCCCGAGCUGGACUUGGGAACAAGCUGUUCAUGAAUUAUGUACGGAAAAAGGUUAUUAUGUUAUUAAAAAUCCUUGGGAACGAAAAUGCGCUUUUGAUGCAUAUAUAAUGAAUUAUUUGACAGAACAGAGUGACCGAGAAAAAAAUCGAAUUCUUGCACUUCGAAAAGAUUUUUUUAGUCUAUUGAAAUCAAGAGACGACAUUCAUUCAUACACUUUAUGGAGAACUGCCAAAACACUGCUAGCUGAUGAAGCUGCUUUUUUGGCUGCUCCCACUGAGUUUGAGCGACAGUUGUUAUUUUUCGAACACAGACAAAAGCUCAAAGAAGACGAAGAAAAACAAGAAAAAAACAAUAGAAAGAAUGCUCUUGAUGACUUUUGUGUCCUCUUGAACAAGUUAGAAUUAGAUCCUUACACACGGUGGAACACUGCUCAAGAAAAAUUCGAAAAUGAUCCCCGCUACCAAAAGAAUCCAAAUAUGAAACAUUUAUCUAAGCUGGAAGCUCUUACGGUUUAUGAAAGUCAUAUCAAACAUCUUGAGCGAGAAUACAUUACGGAAAAACAAAGACAAAAGAAGGAAAAGUAUAGGACUGAAAGAAAGAACCGUGAUGCUUUCCGAACCCUCUUACUUGAUCUUCGACAGGAAAAGAAGAUAACCUUACGUACAAAAUGGAAAGAAAUUUAUCCUCUCUUUAAAGAUGACCCUAGGUAUCUGAAUAUGCUUGGCCAGCCUGGAUCUACUCCUUUAGACCUUUUUUGGGACAUUAUCGUUGAAUUCGAAAAUGAAUUUCGGGAGAAGCGAAAUGUGGUUUUGGAUUGUCUUCAAAUUUUGCAACUUCGAGUGGAGGAAAAUUCCGAUGUCCAAGAAUUUGUUCAGCGUGUUAUGCAAAGCCUAAAAGAAAACAAUAGGGAUGACUCUGUUUCUGAAGAUAUUGUUUCGGAGGUUAUCAUACGCACGAAAGAAAAAAUUGCUCAACGUAAAGCUGACGAAAAGAAAGCUGAUGAGCGUCGGAUUCGACGAAAAAUUGAUAAUCUUCGAAGUGCAAUCAAAUAUAUAGAACCUCCCAUCCCUUUAAGUGCUACAUAUGAAGAAAUGAAGCCUGUUUUAUCUAAAUUACCGGAGUUUUCUGCGCUAGACUCGGAAGAAUAUCGUGUUGCUGCCUUCGAUAAAUACAUUCGCAGACAAAGGGAAAAAGCCGCUUUGGAAAAGCAAAAUAGAAUAAGAAGAGGUUAUUAUGAUGAAGGUGGAGAUAGUGCAUACGGCGGGUACACGUCUGGUACCCGGGUAUACGAGAUGAAGCCUCCAUUAGACUAUGAUGAGGAUUUGCCAAUGAAGUCCGACAGACAUGUUGGACCUCCUGGGCCAGCUCAUCCUUCUAAUGCGAAUGAUUUCAACUCCUUACAGUCGAACGCUCCUCCUGUGUCUGGCAUGGAUGGAGAAUCGAGUGAGGAAGGUGAAAUCCACUAAUUAUGAACUUGUAUUAUAGUCCUAACGCAUAUAAAACCAUAUUCCAUCCGUUAUUUAGUAAAUCUCGUCCUUGUAGUAACCCUUCUGUAGUCUGAAAU